UUCAAGUUGGUGGAAAAAGAACUCCAACCCUUUUCGGAUAGUAUCAAAGAGCUAGUUUCGUCCGAUCAGCCCAUUCUUUCCAUGGCAGCCAAGCACUUUUUUGAAAAACGACACGGCAAGCGCUUCCGACCCACGAUUGUGCAACUCAUGGCCAAGACGGCGCAAUUGGGCCAGAUUGUUGAAAUGAUCCACGUGGCCAGUCUCAUCCACGAUGACGUUUUGGACGAAGCCGACACCCGUCGCGGCGGAGAAGCCGUCCACAAACUCUACUCCAACAAGGUUGCCGUUCUCGCCGGCGAUUACCUCCUCGCGCGGGCUUCGGUCUUGUUGGCGCGAUUGGAAAAUACCGCCGUCGUGCAAGUCAUGGCGACGGCUUUGGAAAGCCUCGUGGCUGGGGAAAUCAUGCAACUCAAGAGUCCCGCCGAAAGUCUAUUGGAAAUGGAAAGUUAUUUACGCAAGAGCUACUACAAGACCGCAUCACUGAUUUGCUACGCUUGCCGUUCGACGGCCUUGUUGGGUGGACACGCUUACGGAUCCACCGUGGCCACCGCGUGUGAAGAAUUCGGCUUCCACCUGGGACUGGCCUAUCAGAUCCAGGACGAUAUUCUCGAUUUCACCGCCGCCGCCACCGUGCUGGGAAAGCCCGCCUUGGCCGACAUGGAUUUGGGUCUGAGCACGGCUCCAAUUCUGUACGCGGCGCAGGAAUUUCCGCAUUUGAAGCCUCUAGUGAUGCGAAGAUUCAAAGAAAAGGGUGACAAGCAGGCGGCGCUGGAGGCUCUGUAUAAGAGCGACGUUGCCAUGGACAAGGCCCGGGCCUUGGCCCGCUUCCACGCCCAACGGGCCGUCGACGCCUUGUUGCGUCUCCCGCCUUCGGAAUCCCGCAACGCCCUGGUGCGACUCACACACGCGGUUAUUACGCGCAAAAAGUAA